AUGGAUGUCCAAAGCCUAUUCAAUGUCAAGGACAAAAUUGUCCUGGUCACGGGCGGAGCGAAGGGCAUUGGCAGGAUGAUCUCAGAAGGAUACGUAACGAACGGUGCUACGGUCUACAUCUCUUCUCGCGACUCCAAGGCAUGCGAAAAAGCGGUCAGUGAACUUAAUGCUCUAGGCAAGGGCAAGGCUCAUGCCAUUACCGCCGAUUUCUACAAAGAAGAAGACAUCAAGAAAUUGGUGGACGAGUUCGGAAAGCGAGAGAGCAAACUUCAUGUCCUGGUAAAUAACUCAGGGUCCAAUUGGGGAGCUCCGUACGAUGAAUAUCCUUCUGCAGCCUGGACCCGGGUGUUGACGCUCAAUCUUCACCGAGUCUUCGACCUAACCAAGCUCCUGACGCCGUUUCUCGAAAGGGGCGCCAGCGAAGAUGACCCGUCUCGCAUUAUAAAUAUAGGUUCAGUGGACGGACUUCGGGUUCCCUCCUUGGAGACAUUUGCGUACAGUGCAUCCAAGGCUGGGCUGCACCACCUAAGCCGCGUAUUGGCCAGCCAUUUGGGCGAAAGGAAUAUCACGUCGAACACCCUUGCAUGCGGUCCCUUUCGCAGUAAAAUGAUGGCCGCCACUCUGCGUGAGAUGGAAGAUGCGAUUGUCGCUCACAUCCCCCUCAGUCGAAUCGGUAGACCGGAGGAUGUGGCAGGGGCGUGUCUUUUCCUAAGCAGCCGGGCCGGGUCGUAUGUGACUGGCGCCACGAUCACAGUGGACGGCGGUUCAGUAGUCAAUUCAAAACUGUAG